AUGCUGUCCAGUAUGAAUUCGAUUUCAAGGGCUGUACUAGCGAGACGAUGUCUGCAUACAACCACAAUCGCGGCCAAAUCACAGUCCGGCCGGUACAAGAUAUCUCCGAAAGGUGACCGUCCGCUUACGUACGAGAUGGCUAACCCACCACACCAGAUAGCGCAUCGAAAAGCAUGGAACUCGUGGAACACCUCUAAUCUCGAGGGUGAGCUGCGCCCAUCGCAAACCAUGCUGGAGGACGAUUUCAUACGCCGGUUCAUGUCCGGCACCUGGCACGCAAUGGUACUGUCGGAGGUGAUAAUCAAACGACAGCACAACCACGUGCGCAUAGCGGCCAUCAUUAGCCGUGCGAUUCCGGCAAGAAAAAUGUACUUCCUGAUCGGAUACUGUGAGGAGCUGCUAGCCUACUGGUUACAGUGCCCGGUAACGCUCGAGCUGCAGACCACGGACGAUAAGAAGGAUGUAAUCUUUAAGUACAUUUAA